GCGCUAAAACCUGUGAUUUUAUUGAUUGUUUUUGUGUUUAUUGUGUUAUUAUUGUUAGCCCAAACCAUGGGCAUCACCGGUUUGAUACCCUUCGUGGGCAAGGCCUCCUCGCAAUUGCAGCUGAAGGACAUUCGCGGCAGCACCGUGGCCGUGGACACCUAUUGCUGGCUGCACAAGGGAGUCUUCGGCUGCGCGGAGAAGUUGGCUCGUGGCGAGGAAACGGACAUUUACGUCCAAUACUGCCUGAAGUAUGUGAAUAUGCUGCUAUCCUACGACAUAAAGCCCAUCCUGGUGUUCGAUGGCCAGCACUUGCCGGCCAAGGCGUUGACCGAGAAGCGGCGGAGGGACUCCAGGAAGCAGAGCAAGGAGCGGGCGGCGGAGCUCCUCCGAUUGGGACGCAUCGAGGAGGCGCGAUCCCACAUGCGCCGCUGCGUGGACGUCACCCAUGACAUGGCCCUGCGGCUGAUCCGGGAAUGCCGCAGCCGGAAUGUCGACUGCAUUGUGGCGCCCUACGAGGCGGAUGCCCAAAUGGCCUGGCUGAACAAGACCGAUGUGGCCCAGUACAUCAUCACCGAGGACUCGGAUCUAACGCUCUUCGGGGCCAAGAAAAUCAUCUUCAAGCUGGACCUCAAUGGCAGUGGGCUCCUCGUGGAGGCAGAUAAGCUUCACCUGGCCAUGGGCUGCAAGGAGGAGAAGUAUCACUUCGACAAGUUCCGCCGCAUGUGUAUUCUAUCCGGCUGUGAUUACCUGGACUCACUGCCUGGCAUAGGAUUGGCCAAGGCCUGCAAGUUUAUACUGAAGACGGAACAGGAGGACAUGCGACUGGCGCUGAAGAAGAUUCCCAGUUAUCUCAAUAUGCGCAAUCUGGAGGUAGAAGACGACUACAUUGAGAACUUCCUCAAGGCGGAGGCCACCUUCAAGCACAUGUUCAUCUACAAUCCCCUGGAGCGUCGCAUGCAGCGCCUUUGUGCCCUGGAAGACUAUGGCACCGAUGAGCGCUACUGCAGCAAUGCUGGCACCUUGCUGGACGACAGCGAUCAGGCCUUGCACUUGGCCCUGGGCAACUUGAAUCCCUUCUCUCUCAAGCGUUUGGACUCUUGGACACCGGAGAAGGCAUGGCCAACGCCAAAGAAUGUAAAACGCUCCAAGCACAAGAGCAUUUGGCAGACGAAUUUCCAAAAGGAGAACCUGCCGACGCCGAAGAAAGAGAAUCCUUGUGCCUUGUUCUUCAAGAAGGUAGAUUUUGUGAGCAAAACCGUCGACGAGGAGAUCGAGGCUAAUCAGCGAUUGGAAAAGGCGAAGCACACAGAGGCCCAGGUGUUCAACAUGUAUAGUUUUAGAUCGAAAAGGAGAAGAAGUCCGAGCAGGGAUGAAUCUUUGGACCGAGAACGCACACCCCCACCGUCGCCAGUGCUAAAGAGUCGCCACAAUCCCUUUGCCAGGGAAAAGACUGCAGAAGAAGCCACCCAGCGAUCCCCGGUGGUUUGUGAGAAUGCCUCCUUGCUGCGUUUGCUCAGCCCCAAGAAGCCGAGUCCCUCAAGCGGAGGAGCCGAUGAUAAGAGAAUAGCUUCCCUGAAAAGAAGCAUUUUUGCCAAGGAACAAGUGCAGGUGCGAAGUCGAUUUUUUGCCUCACAGGAUGAACAGGCAAGGCUUCAAAACGAGCAGCCGAAAGAUCAACAAAAGGAUGACAACGACGAGCAGGAGCUGGGCUCAAGCUCGAGCCAUAAAAAAUUAAGACUAGCAAAGGGAGACAUUCCAGGAGAGCAACAAGAAAGACGACGUUCUAGCUCGCUAACUAGUGAGCUUGAAACAGAUACAGAAACCACUGCCUCUUGCCUAUUGGAAUCACAAGAAAGUUCCAUUCCUUCGUCGCUAGAAUCUCGAGAAGAUUCCGCCAAAUCUGAACCACAAACACCAACAAAAAUACGCAUUAAAUCCUUGGACCUACUAGUGGAUAACAGCCAAACACCCAGCGAUUCCGACGGGAACAACAACGAAGCCAUAAUUUUGCUAUCCGAUGACAGCUGUAGUUCAGAGCAAACAGCGUCGUCCAUCUCAACGUCUAACUUUCAACGCCAGAACUCACUGCCAGCUGGAAAACGAAGAAUAGGACUGAGCAAACCCGCCACUGCCAAAAAGGGAACUCCCAAAUCGAAGACAAACGGCAAACUGGGACCCGUGGAUCAAAAUCAAACCAAGCUUAGUAUGUUUGGCUUCCAGAAGAGACCUGUGCUUAAAUAGAUUGCUAUUUCUAGGUUGUAAGCUUUUUUGUUCUUUAGAUUAAUCUAAUUUAUUAAAGUGAAGACCUCAACUGACUACAUCAGUGCUGAAUGCCGUGAAUCAAGAUAACAAUUGCGAUGCUGGCAAGGUGACUGUCGACUGCGUCACACUCAACUGCCGCGACUAACAACUUUAAUUAAACGGGGUAUAAAUAGAUGCUAUACCCCGCCGCAUUUCUCCGGCGAAUUAUCAUUUGUUUUUGUGUUGCACAGUCGUGCUUGGAACUGCAGCUAAAAUUGCGGUCAGAUUGACAGCACGGGG